GGGUCGCGGAGGCUGGGAGACGGCCUGGCACGGCGACUCCCCGGGGGACCUUUUUAGCCACUCUUGUCCCAGGGGGCUCUGGGCACCGCUCCCCGGGAGGGCAGCCGGGCCUCCUCCCGUCUGCACACUGAGGAGUCCCCGAAGUCGCCUUCGGCUCCUUUGAGGUUCUUGGUUUAAGUACAGAACACGUCUUGGAGCUCUGGAAGCUUUUUCACAUCCUAGACCUGCCCGGGACUGGUAGGACAGGUCACCCUCUUCAGAAUGAUUCCCUGUAGAGCCGCUCUGUCUUUUGCCCGAUGUCUGAUCCGGAGAAAAAUCGUCACUCUGGACAGUCUGGAAGAUUCCAAAUUAUGCCGCUGCUUGUCCGUCAUGGACCUCAUUGCCUUGGGGGUUGGCAGCACUCUUGGUGCUGGGGUUUACGUUCUCGCUGGAGAGGUUGCCAAAGCGGAUUCAGGCCCCAGCAUCGUGGUUUCCUUCCUCAUCGCUGCCCUGGCCUCCGUGAUGGCAGGCCUUUGCUACGCUGAAUUUGGGGCCCGAGUUCCCAAGACUGGCUCCGCGUAUUUGUACACGUACGUUACUGUUGGAGAGCUGUGGGCCUUCAUCACAGGCUGGAAUCUCAUUUUAUCCUAUGUGAUAGGUACGUCCAGUGUUGCAAGAGCAUGGAGUGGCACUUUUGAUGAACUUCUUAGCAAACAGAUUGGUCAGUUUUUCAGGACAUACUUCAAGAUGAAUUAUUCCGGCCUUGCGGAGUAUCCUGACUUUUUUGCUGUAUGCCUUAUAUUACUUCUGUCAGGUCUUUUAUCUUUUGGAGUAAAAGAGUCUGCUUGGGUGAAUAAAAUCUUCACGGCUGUUAAUGUUCUAGUCCUUCUCUUUGUGAUGGUUGCUGGGUUUGUGAAAGGAAAUGUGGCAAACUGGAAGAUUAGUGAAGAGUUUCUUAAAAAUGUAUCAGCAAAUGCCAGAGAGCCGCCUUCUGAAAAUGGAACAAGUAUCUAUGGGGCUGGUGGCUUUAUGCCUUAUGGCUUUGCAGGAACUUUGGCUGGGGCUGCAACCUGCUUUUAUGCCUUUGUGGGAUUUGACUGCAUUGCAACAACUGGUGAAGAAGUCCGGAAUCCUCAGAGAGCUAUUCCUAUUGGAAUUGUGACUUCUUUGCUUGUUUGCUUUAUGGCCUAUUUUGGGGUCUCUGCAGCUUUAACACUUAUGAUGCCAUACUACCUCCUCGAUGAGAAAAGCCCCCUUCCUGUAGCAUUUGAAUAUGUUGGAUGGGGUCCUGCCAAAUAUGUCGUUGCAGCGGGCUCCCUCUGUGCUUUGUCAGCAAGUCUUCUUGGAUCCAUUUUCCCAAUGCCUCGUGUAAUCUAUGCUAUGGCGGAGGAUGGGUUGCUUUUCAAAUGUCUAGCUCAAAUCAAUUCCAAAACGAAGACACCAAUAAUUGCUACUUUAUCAUCGGGUGCGGUGGCAGCUGUGAUGGCAUUUCUUUUUGACCUGAAGGCACUCGUGGACAUGAUGUCCAUCGGCACUCUUCUGGCCUAUUCUCUGGUCGCUGCCUGUGUUCUCAUCCUCAGGUACCAGCCUGGCUUAUCUUAUGAGCAGCCCAAAUAUUCUACUGAGAAAGAAGCUCUGAGACCAUGUGCCAGUGCUGCCUCUAAAAGCGAGCCCCAGGUCACCAUGCUGCAAAGACGGAGCUUCAUCCUGCAGACCGUCUUCAGCCCCUCGGUUCUGCCUACACAACAGUCGGCUUCUCUCGUGAGCUUUCUGGUCGGAUUCCUUGCAUUUCUCAUUUUGGGCCUGAGUGUUUUGACCACUUACGGUGUCCAGGCUAUUGCCAGGCUGGAAGCGUGGAGCCUCGCUCUCCUUGUGCUGUUUCUUGUUCUCUGCGUGGCCAUUGUUUUCACCAUUUGGAGGCAGCCCCAGAGUGAGCAAAAAGUAGCCUUUAUGGUUCCAUUCUUACCAUUUUUGCCAGCCUUCAGCAUCCUGGUGAACAUUUACUUGAUGGUCCAGCUGAGUGCAGACACUUGGAUCAGAUUUAGCAUUUGGAUGGCACUGGGUUUCCUGAUUUACUUUGCUUAUGGCAUUAGACACAGUCUGGAGGGUAACUCGAGGGAUGAAGAAGAUGAGGAGGAUACAUAUUCAGACAACAUUAAUGCAGCAACAGAAGAAAAAUCUGCCAUUCAAGCAAAUGACCAUCACCAGAGAAACCUCAGUUUACCUUUCAUAUUCCAUGAAAAGACGAGUGAAUGCUAACGUCUACAGGAAGAAGGCUGGUCCACAGUCGUAACAUACACAUCCUACAUAGAGUAAGCCAUGAUGGGGUGUCAUCAUCAUGCUCGCUUGUCAUGGGUUCACUGCAGACAUCGUUCACCGUAAUUUAUGCUUGCUUACCUGGACAGCACCUCCUCAGAUGGUGAAUUAUGUCCCCGGGGAAACCUCCUGAGCCCUCUCCUCAGUGAUGAAUAGCCCCAAAAUAGUGGGAGUGUGUGUGUGUGUGUGUGUAUGUAUUUGUUGGGGAAUGUGAAUGUUCAAAGUUGUUGAUGUUGUACUGUUACUGCAUUACAUUGUUCCGGUGUUGUCAUUAAUUGGUGGCGUGUACUGCACAUACUGAAAUGGAGGUUAUCACCAAAUAGAAAGGUGUUUUGUAUAUGCCCAGUGAGGUUGGGGAAAUACCUGUUGCUUUUCCUUAUGAGGCUUCAUUAAUGUCAAUUUAGAACCUGCUAGAAAUGCAGUUACCCAUCUUGGUGUCUGUGAUUGGUCAGGAGUAAGAGGAGGGGAUAAGAAAUGAGCCUUUUCUGUAACUUAGAAAUGCCAGCAGUGGGUUUAGUACUGAUUUUUCUUCUAUGAGGAUGAAAGUUGGCUAAAACUUGAGCCAAUAGGAGUGUUUGCGUCUGCCAUACUACCCAGGGUAGGAGUGGCAUUCUGCAUCACAGAUGGCACCCCUCUGAACUCCUGUCCUCCCUGAGAGCGGUGAUCCUUAAAUAUGCAGCCCUCACCUGCUGUGAAUGAUACAUCUGAUGAGCCCAAUCAGGGGCUUGAAAGAGGUAAGGGGAUCCCCCUUGGGACUCUAUGCUAGCAAGUGAAGGUGGUCCCCAUGGCCAGAAAGCUCAUGUCCGUGGCAAUGAGGAGGAUAUGUGUGAAGAUCAGAGUUAGACAGGCCUGGGUAAGUAGACCCCAAGAAUCCUUGUUUUAAAAGUCACUUAAAAUAAGCCAAUAGAAUUUUCCAGAUCACACCAUUGGUAGAAUGAUUCAUACUUUUUCCAUUACUUAAUAACUAAUCACAGUUCUUUUUUUUUUUUUGAACCUUGUCAGGAACAGAAUCCACUCCUUUGUUUCUACUAUUAUUUUGUCUUGUCCUAGAUAUGAGGGGCUACCAAGGCAAAUUCUGUCUUUACUCCAUGCAAAAGAGGAAAAAAUGAAGGGAUACAAGAAGAGAAAAUUCUGCCAUUCUGAUUUUAAAGUGCCUAUUCAGAUAUUAAGGGGCAUUGGGCCCAAUUUAAGGGUUUGGAUCUAAUUUGCCUCCGAUGUUUCUUUUGGAAACAUUUAGGAAUGUUUUUCUUCCCCCAUUUUUUAUUUCAUUUAUUUUUAAGUGACCAUGCUGAAGCUAUUAAUACAAGCUCCAGUAUUCUACAAUAGCCCAUCAAUGGUGGGGGAAUGAAAUAUUUUGGUUAAAUACACGAUUAUUUAAAACUUAAGUCUAAAAAAUUAACCAAAUUCAAUUAAAGCUAUGUAAACACAGUAACCUUUAUAUGAGUAAAUAAUUUGUUUUUGUAUGUAAGAGUCUCUAAUUACUAUAUUUUAUAGGGUUCUCUAAUAGUGGACUAUUUAUCUGCAGUGUGUUUUGCUUCUCAUGAAUUAUUUUUCUUACAAAUAAUUAAAUGGUUCACUAGCUGAGGCUGGAGGCUAAACACAUAUAUAUGGGUGACAUUUCCAGGAUAAAUAUUAUCAAGCAGACCAGUUGACCAGCUUAAUCCAAAGGCAAGGAAAACAUUUGUUUUCUGACAGGUCUUCCAAGAGAUCAGUUGUUUUAUGGAUGCCAUUAAAAAGCAAGUGGCUGUUGUUUGUCUAACCAAGAGUUUCUUGUGAUUAAAUAUCAAAUAAACAGGUAGAAAGCCUGGGUUUCUGGCUGCUAGUGUUGGAGCAUACCUGACAUAGAACUCAGUACUGACAUUCCAUGAUUGCCAGGGUGCAUACGGUAAAAUCUGAAGCCCCAAAUCUCUUUCAAGCUGCAUGCUUUACUGGAGAGGUAGAGUUGGAUAAGCAAGAGGUCAUUAUUAUGUAUUUUCAUAAGGACCGUAGGCAUAAUCAUAAAUCUUUGCUGUUGUAGCUGCACACCGAGAACCCCUUUUAUUCUGUAAUCAAAUAGAAUAGGCCCUUCGUGCAGGGAACAUGAGAAAUUUCAUACAUGAAUAUUUAAAUCUUUUACUGUAACAGAAUCAAAAAAUUUGUUUAGAACGUGAUAGGCAGCUAAAAUUAUCAUGCCCACUAAUUAGGAGCAGAAUUUAGUUAAAAAUUAUUUUUCCACUUUGAAACACUUUGCAAACACAAAUAUCUAUGAAAAGAUGCUUUGUCAGUAACCAUGCUUUUUUUCCUGUGAAGACUCAAAUGUGCAUUCGUAUGUAUGAGUGUAUAUAUAUAUAUAUGUAUGUGUAUGUAUUUCAAAUAUCAGUGUAUAAGUCAGUUGGGUUUAUGAGGGGCUUUAGAAAUGAUACUGUUGUGUGGAUUAAAAAAACCAACUGAUGUGGAGAAAAAAUAAUGUUUUAUAUUGAUAGGUAUGCUCAUACAAAAUUUUUAGGUUUUAAGCUAUUUUGAAAUAUAAAAUUUUAUAUGUAUAAUAUUUUCUAUAGAUAGAUUCUUAAAGAAAGGUAUAUUUAUAAUGUUUCUAAUACAAAAUCACUAGACUCUAGUACAUCAUCACAGGUGCUUUAUAAUCUGAAAUGGAGGAGGGGUGGCGGACAUUAGGGUAUUUCUGUUUACUUGUUUCUGUGGCACAUUUUUCUGACAUCUCUGUCUUGGUAUGUGUUUAUUAGGAAAAGCCAGUACCAUCAGCUCUUUUACCACCCCCCUGUUCCUAUAUUUGAAUUCAUAACCUUUUGAACAAAAUGUUGUUUUUACUUUCCUAGGAUUACCAAAGUGUUUUGUAUAGAUUUGACUAGUAAUCAAUCACACUUAUGCAAAGUCCUCUCCAGAAAUUAAAAAAUACAUGUACAUAUUCUCUUAGUUAUGUUUGAGUAAAAACAGCGUAAAUUAGUUUUCUUUUUUACACUAGAUUUGUUCUCUUAACAUUUUCAGUGAGAAACUUACAAUAGCACCUUUAUUUUAUGCUAUUAAAAAAGAGAGAAGAUGCUUUGUGAAUGACCAUGUAAAGGCCAUGCCUGGCCUACAUUUAACACGGUAGGUAUGCAAAUUCAAGUAUAAAAACUAUCUAUGAGAAAACUUAUAUUAGAGCUUUUGAUAUAUACUGAAAUACAGAUGCUUGCUUAGUCAUAUUUUCCCCAGAGAUGAACAUCAAGAAAACUAAGACCAAAAUGUCAUUGGGACUAUAUACAUUAAAGAAAAAUUAAUGUUGAUAUGUAUAAAACUUUACUGUUAUCAGCCAUAGUUGAUGGAAAAUAUCCGUUUCAGAAUUAUCAUCCUUUAAAAGACAAGAGCCUCUCUUCUUUAAAUUUUUCAGAAUAAAAGAUUUUUUUUAACUUUUUUAUUUUAAAUAUUAGCCAAAAUAUUUUCUAAGUCCUGGGUAUUUGCAGAUAGUUGCUAAAAUAUUUUGAAUUAGAAUCUGUAUUUACCAAAUUAUUUUCUAAACUUAUUUGAAUGCUUAGCUGAGAGAGUAAGGGAAAGUCAUCGCCCUCCGGUACUGAUAAUGCCAGAGGGAGCAGAGUAGUCUUACCUUCUUUCCUCUUAAAUCAGGGCCUAUUCUGAGAUGACAAACCACACGAUAAAAUUGUGCCAAGAUUCCAACUCUCCCUUCCUGUGAUGUUGCCCACGAUGUUCUCUGCCUGAUUUUCCUGAUGUGCUUCAAGUGACUAUUAGUUAACACCAAAAAUACAAUUUCCACAGAAUUUUAAGGGAUUGUGUUUAAAGCAUACAUCAUGGAGUAUUAAAAUCCACAUGAUUAGUGUGAAUUUUUGCC